AUGGCCUCGGUGGAUUCUAAUGAUAGCCCAGGGCAUAAACAAGAACUGAAGCGACACUUCUCCGUAUGGAGCUUGAUUGGGCUGGCGGCGAAUUGCACAAUCUCAUGGACUGUCAUAUAUGGCUUCAUUCUUGUUUUCAUCCUCCAAUGCUUUGUUGGCGCAUCUUUGGCAGAAUUUGUAUCUGCGUAUCCCACUGAGGGUGGAAUGUACCACUGGAUCGCCGCAAUCGCCCCAAAAAGAUAUAACAGUCUUCUGAGCUUUGCGACAGGGUGGUGGAUAUUCACGACUGCAUCGACCAACUUGAUUUAUGCCACAACCGUCAUCGCCUUGAUCGCUCUUUAUCAUGACGAUCUCGUCGUCAAACCUUGGAUGAUAUUUGUGGCAUAUCAGAUCCUGAACAUCUUCACUUCGGGGGUCGUCAUGUUUGGGAAUAGAUUUAUCCCUUUGAUCAACAAAUUCUCCUUGGUUUACCUGCAAUUGGCGUGGUUUAUCACCAUGAUUGUUGUCGCUGCAUCGGCGCCAGUUCAUAACGACAGCAAAUUCGUGUUUCGCACAUGGAUCAACAAGACCGGUUGGGAGAACAAUGUGAUAUGCUUCAUCACCGGUUUGGUGAAUCCGCUAUACUCACUUGGUGGUUUGGACGGAAUUUCGGUGCGUGUUUCCCAUAGUGUGACAAACUCGCCGCUGACUAUAGCAUUAGCACAUCACAGAAGAGAUGCCAAAUCCAUCACACUCUCCAUUGCCUUUGUCACAGGACUUUCUUACCUUCUCAGUCUCAUGUUCUCCGUACAGGACUACAGUACCUUGGCUGAUACCAGCACCGGACUUCCACUGGCUGAGCUUUUCUGGCAGGCAACCUCGACUAGAGGAGGGGCCUUCGGUCUCGUAUUCAUGGUCUGGAUAGCUCUGGGCCCAUGUGUUAUAGGCUCUCAGCUGAGCACGGGGCGAGUUUUCUGGGCCUUCGCGCGUGACGAAGGCCUUCCGCUGUCAAAGGUAUGGGCCCGGGUCAAUCGCCGACUCGGCUCGCCAUUCAACGCCCAGUUAUGUGUAGCCGUGAUUGUGGGUCUUUUGGGGUGUAUAUACUUGGGAUCAAGUACAGCAUUCAAUGCGAUGAUGGGCUCUGCAGUCACGAUCAACAACUGCGCAUACCUUGUACCAAUCCUCACCAACGUUCUGCUUCGACGUCGAACGAUGCAUCGCGGUCCUUUCUUCAUGGGCCAGGCCAUUGGAAUGACGGUGAAUACCGUGGCCGUAGCUUGGUUGAUUUUCGCCAUUAUAUUCUUCUCAUUUCCGUAUGAGAUGCCGGUAACAGGUACGUGGAUUUUGUCUUUGAAGAGGGUCAAUAGCGACUCAUGCAAUCUUGCAGCAUCCAACAUGAACUAUACCUGCGUGGUAGUCGGUGGGUUCCUGAUAAUUGAACUUGUAUGGUGGAUCAUCGCAGGGAAACAAUAUUCGGUGACAGUUCAGCGAGCCCGAGAAGAGCAAAACCACGACGCAGUUAUUGUUGGGGGAAAAGACCAUCCGAGCUCGUGA